CGCUACAUCAGCACGGAGCUGGGCAUGCGGCAGCGGCUGCUGGUGGGCGUGCUGACCUCCAAGAGCUCGCUCAACACGCUGGCCGUGGCCGUGAACCGCACGCUGGCGCACCGCCUGGAGCGCCUGCUCUACUUCACGGGCACGCGGGGCCGCAAGGUGCCCCACGGCAUGACCGUGGUGACGCACAGCGACGAGCGGCCCAUCUGGAACAUGUACCAGACCGUCAAGUACCUGCUGGACCAUUACGUGAGCGACUUCGACUGGUUCUUCCUGGUGCAGGACGAUACCUACACGGAGGCGCACCGCAUCAGCCGCCUGGUCGCCCACCUCAGCAUCGACACCCAGCUCUACCUGGGCCGCCCCGAGGAGUUCAUCGGCGGGGACACCGAGGGACGCUACUGCUACGGGGGCUUUGGGUACCUGCUGUCCCGCAGCCUCCUGCUGCGCCUGCAGCCGCACCUGGAGAGCUGCCGCAACGACAUCCUCAGCGCCCGGCCCGAUGAGUGGCUGGGCCGCUGCAUCAUCGACUACACAGCCAUCAACUGCGCCGAGGAGCAUGAGGGUCUGCGUUACCAGUACUUCGAGCUAGGGAAGAACACAGAUCCGGAGCGGGAGACUGACCCGCGUUUCCAGAACGCGUUCACUGUGCACCCUGUGUUGGACCCUGUCCAGAUGUACCGGCUGCACAAGCACUUCGCACAAGUGGAGCUGGAGAGGACCUACCAGGAGAUCCAGCAGCUCCAGCUUGAAAUCCAGAACUCCAGCAGCCUGUCCGCGGAUGGGGACCACAGUGCCACGUGGCCCAUUGGCAUUCCUCCCCCUUUCCAGCCCAAAACCCGCUUCGAGGUGCUGCGCUGGGAUUACUUCACGGAGGAGCAGGUGUACGCGUGUGUGGAUGGCUCCCCCAAGUGCGACCUGCACGGCGUGGACCUGGCAGACGUGGCCGAUGUGGUGGCCACUGCCAUGGAGGAGCUGAACCGCAAGUACCAGCCCGUGCUGCACAUCCGCAAGCAGCAGCUGGUGAACGGGUACAGGCGCUUCGACCCCACGCGCGGCAUGGAGUACACGCUGGACCUGCAGGUGGAGGUGGUCACGCAGAAGGGGCACAGCCGCUCCGUGACCAAGCGCGUGCACUUGGUGCGCCCCCUCAGCGAGGUGGAGAUCAUCCCCAUGCCCUAUGUGACCGAGGCCAGCCGCAUCAACGUCAUCCUGCCGCUCACGGCCCACGACCGGGACUACGCUGCCCGCUUCCUGGAAACGUAUGCGGCGGCCGCCUUUGAGAACAGCGAGAACGCCGUGCUCACCUUCCUCUUCAUCUACGACCCCUUCGAGGCCCAGCAGGUGACCCAGAACGACAUCUUCGCCCCAGUGAAAGCCCAGAUCACUGAGUACGAGCGCAAGUAUGCAGAGGUGAAGAUCCCCUGGAUCAGCGUGAAGACAGAUGCGCCUUCCCAAAUCAAGGUCAUGGACAUCAUCUCCAAGAAGCACCCUGUGGACACGCUUUUCUUUGUGGCAGGCGUGGGCACGGAGGUCACCACCGACUUCCUGAACCGCUGCCGCAUGAACACCAUCAACAACUGGCAAGUCUUCUUCCCUAUCCACUUCCAAGGCUACAACCCUGCCAUUGCUUACCACAACCAGGUGCCGCCCGCCACGCUGGACCUGCUGCGGGACGCGGGGCGCUUUGACCGUGACGUUUUCCACGAGGCCUGCUUCUACAACGCCGACUACAUGGCGGCGCGCACCCGCAUGGCGGGCGACGUGCAGGAGAACGAGGACAUCCUGGAGACCCUGGACAUCUAUGAUAUGUUCAUCAAGUACUCCAACUUGCACGUCUUCCGAGCCGUAGAGCCUGCCCUGCUGCAGCGCUAUCGGCACCAGGCCUGCAACCCCCGGCUCAGCGAGGAGAUCUACCACCGCUGCGUGCAGAGCAGCCUGGAGGGCGUCGGGUCUCGUUCCCAGCUGGCCAUGGUGCUUUUUGAGCAGGAGCAGGGCAACAGCACCUGAGCGCGGGCACGGGGGUGCUGGCCCUGCCCAGCCUCCUGCUGCUCUGCUGCCCGGAUCUGCCCCCUGGGCAUGGCUGCAGUGGUCACUGCUGGCUGGUGCCAGAGCCCGCGACUCCCCUGCGCUGGUGCUGCCCAGGUAGAGCUGGGCCUGCCCAGCCUGGGCAGUCUGGCACGUUCCAGAGCAGCUGUGGCCUUGGCAGACCCUCCCGUGAGGUUGGGUUAGGGUUACUGAGCUCAGAGCCGGGACAUGGGGGUUCUCACCCCGGAGCUGCUGCCUCUGUUCCCUCCUGCUCCUGGCUGUGUCGGCUGGCGGGAGGCGCAGAUCUCUUCUGUCCCUUGCUUUGUCUGUGACCUGCGCCAUCCCCAGCCCCCCCAGCCCAAUACACACCGAGCCGGAGGCUCCUGCUGUGGGGCUGCGACUGCCAGGAGUUGCCAGCUGGGGCUUGGGAGCUGCCGUGUUUCCCCCUCGCCCCCUGACACAGGGCUGCAUUUGCUCCUUAGCCUCCUCGCGCUGGGCCCUCUUGGGGUGCUAGGACAGAGAGGAGCAGAGCACUUGGCCCCUGUCCCCGGGGGAGAGGUGUGACCCUGCACCCGCCUGCAGGCUGGAGAAGGGGGAGGAUGGACUGGGGCACGUCCGACCCCAAAAGAGCAAUAAGGAGGUUGGUUUCAGCAUAUGCCACUUGGUAACCAGACAGCAAGCUGAAUCCUCCAGGCUGGUGAGGGGUUCCUGGCCCCAGGAUCCCCCAGGAUCGGCCUGUGCAGGAGGGGAGCCAGGGAUCCUGCUGUGUUCACUUACCACGAGCUGCUCCCCAUGGGAACCAUGACCCAGGCCGUCUCGGCCUUCGUAGUGUCGCUAGGACGUAGGA